AUGAUGGCCAAGCGAAGAAGAGCAUCCGGGCCAAGAUCAAGGACAGGGUGUCUCACUUGCAGAAUUCGACAUGUCAAAUGCGAUGAACAAAAGCCAGAAUGCUACCAGUGCAAGCGUACAGGAAGAAAGUGCGAUGGAUAUAAUGAAUCACGCCCGGGGAACAAACAGCAGCCUGUCGUCUCCAGUAAGCCAAUGAUGACCGUCGACCAUCGCAUGGUCCUUCGACCAGGAACGCAAAAGGAGCGGCACUAUUUGUACUUCUUCUGCUCACAGACGGCCCGCGCGCUAUCCGGGGUAUUUGAGUCUGAUCUCUGGAUGCGCCAUCUUCCCCAACUGAGCGAAUGCGAGCCGGUCGUCAGGCAUGCCACGGCGGCAGUAAGCGCGGCCCAUGAGCGGGCGCUGGUGCUACAGCGGAAUCCAUCAUCCACUCCGGAGCGUCGAGCUGCUAAUGAUCGCUUCAUUAUAUUUCAUUAUAACGAGGCCAUUCGACAUUUGAGGACGUAUCUUGUUUCGCAAAACCCUAGAAUCGAUCUCCUGGUCAUCACAUGUUUCCUUUUUGUAUGCUUGGAGAUGUUGAAUGGUAAUCACAAGCAAGCCCUAGACCACCUCGAAGCUGGCCUUAAGAUAGUUCAGAGCGUCAUAGGGAGACUGCAACCUCUGGGAAGUAAACUAGGCGCAACUUAUCUCGAAUUGUGGAAAUUAAGUCUUCGACUGAAUAUCCAGCUUGCAAUGAACGGACGGCCGAUGGUUGCCUUGGAUAUCAAGCCUACCUAUCCCCAAGUGAAAUGCUCACAUGGAAGGCCCGUUUGGUCGGACCCUUAUUGGGCUCAACACGCACUCUAUAAGCUCAUGAACAAGACACUCAUGUUCGUCCGUUCUGCAGGAUAUGAACGCACAGAUCGCACACACUUAAAGCCCCAACAGGAAGAGCUCAGGAAGGACUACAAAACAUGGGAAAGGGCCUUGGAAGGCUAUACAAAGGAUGCAGAAAACCCCCAGAAGGGCAAUCGGCGCGAACUGUUGCUCUUGCGUACAUUAUAUCUCGUCUCAUGGAUAUGGACGGAAACAUGUCUGGCCAGACAGGAAACCGUUUUCGACAACUAUAACUCUGCCUUCGCGGAGCUUGUUCACUGUGCCGGCCAACUUAUUGAUAUUGACGAUGUCACUGAGCGCAAGUCCACGAAAUGCGGCCCGGAUAUUUUCACAUUUGAAAUACGUAUCGUCACAGGACUGUACUACACAGCAGUCAGGUGCCGUGACCCGAUUAUCCGUCGCGAGGCUAUCCGACAGAUGAGUCGGUGUACCAAACAAGAGGGCCUAUGGGAUCAACGUAUCAUAGUGAAAAUCGCUCAACUGGUAAUCGAUCUAGAAGAAGCGAAUUUGUCAUCGUUGGACGUACAAGAAAGGGUCCCGGAGGAUAGGGAUCGUAUCUAUGAAACAAUUCCUUCGUGUACGCAUCCAGAGGAUCUUCGAAGUACUCGCCAGGUUGUUCUGCUCUCGAAGCCCAAUGGACCAGAUGGUGCAUGGCUGACUAGGGUCCGAUUUGUGGAGUGGUCCUAG